AUGGCUUCCGACAGCAAACACCAAGAUCCCACGUUCGACACCACGACCAGCGCUUCGAGCAACACUUGUGGAAUGGCCACACCUCAGACUCCAUCCGAGUGCUCGGAGUAUUCGAAAUGCCCUCAAACCCCAGAAUGCCCGAAAUUGCUCGAAUGCCCACAACCUCGUGAUUGCCCGAAGUGUGCUGAAUGCCCCGAAUGCCCCAAGUGCCCCAAGUGCCCCAAGUGCCCUUGGAGUGAGCACGGAACAAUCCCCCGACCAGGAAGCACUUACCAUAUCAUUGAAAAGCAAAGCGGCAAAGCCAUCACGGUCAUGGAAGACGAUGUGAAACUCCGCAACCUCAUAUUUCCUGGCCUCUAUCGCUCUCACUGGCAGUGUGUCUGGCACAAUGGUUACUUUGGGUUCCAGAAUGUCAUGACAGGAGCUUAUCUCGGGCACGACGGGCGCAGUGGAAUCCGCACAACAGCGCUUGACGUCAGCGACUGGGAGCUCUGGACACCAAGAGAACAUCCUGAUGGAGGCUACGAGCUUCUGACGCCGUAUUAUUGGCACACCUUGAUGGUGCUAUCCGUGCAAGGGGACGAGAGUACCUUGGUCAGACGACGACAUGGAACUACUCUGUGGGAGUUCGUGGAAGUUUGA